AUGUCAAGCGGACCCUUCAUUUGUGCCAAGUUUGACCCCAGCAAGACCUUCUUGGCUUCUGGGCAUAUUGCUUUGGACACCCAUCAAAUCAAAGUCCAAUCAGUAAACCCAUCCCAAUCACCACUCAAUACUUCAUUCAACCUUGACAAGUCCAGCAAGCUUACCCAGAUAUCAUGGAUCCCCUCAGCUGGUGAACAGCAUAUUUUAGCAUUAAGUUUGACCAAGGGUUCGAUCCUUAUCUAUUCUCCUUCGAGUAAUGAAAUUAUCACUGAAUUAACUACCCCAAGCCAUGCAUCUAUCUUGGACUUCCAUUUCUCAUUAUACACCCAGUCAGCAUGGUCUUGUGACAAUGGUGGAUCUAUCUAUGAAUGGGAUGUCGUGAAUCAUAAGUUGUUACAAAGCUUCAAUAUUAAUGAUGUGUUGGAAAACGCAGAAACCAUCAAUAGAAUCUCAAGUGUGAUGUAUAAUGAAAAGCCAUGCCUCUUGAUAGGAUCACAUUCUAUCUAUUUGAUUGAUAUCUCUUCCCGUCAAAUAAUAAAGACUUUCCCUGGUCAUAUCCAACCAAUCAACUCCAUUUUACCAGUUCCAAAUGACCCAGACUUGUUCUUGACAAGCGCUAAAGGUGACAGAUUCAUUAACCUUUACUCUAUCUCAAAGGGAACUACAAGAUCGGUCUUUGUAUCUCAAGUUUCUGUGUUAGACAUGGAUCUUGGUGUUCAAGGUGAAAAAUCCUUGUUGACAAGUAUCAAUGAAAAUGGUAACUUAGAAGUGUUCAACAAUCCAUUGAGUUUGUUAAUUCCCACUGCAUCCUCCGCACAGCAAGCAAAGAAGAAGAGAAGACAGGCUGCUCAAAUCCAAUCCAGGCCUUCUAACGGAACUGUCAAGUUGUCGAGACCAGAAACCGAAAUCAAGAACCCUAAUGAUUCUAACUUGAUGAUCAACUGUAUUAGUGUGUCUGGUGAUUCCAUUUUGGUCACCUGGUUGGAGAAUGGUAACGUGCCAUACUUCGAUUCUAUUAAGUGGAUCGACGAAUCAGGAACUUCCUUAAUCGAGUCUGACAAGGUUGUACUCAAAUCUAGACCAAACCUCAAACCAACUAGUCAUACUUCAUUUGGCCAUGAUGUUGCAUCAGCUAAAAUUUAUGAGGAAACGCAUACUAUUGUUAGUGAUGGUAACAACUACAAAGAUAUCGAUUACAACGAGGAUGAGGUCAGUGAGACCUUAGCUGAUAAGUUAGAAAAACUCACUACUGAUCAACAACCUAAAAAGAACCGCACCAAGAAAAAGUUGGGAACCAAGACAGGAACUUUAACCAUCGUUUUAGCACAAUCCUUAAGAAAUAAUGACCAUGCAUUGUUAGAAACUGUUUUGAGCAACAGAGAUCCGCAAGUUAUUCAAAACACUAUCAAGAAGCUUGAUUCUUCUUUAGCAGUUAUCUUGUUGGAUAAAUUGUCUGAAAAGAUUCAACGUCAAGCAAGCAAAUUUGAUCAAUUAAACUAUUGGUUGAAGUGGAUUGUGAUUAUUCAUGGAACUGUUUUAGCAUCGUUACCUAACUUAAGCAUCAAGCUCGCCAACUUGCACUCGGUGUUAAUUAAGAAGGCUAACACUUUACCAAGAUUGUUGGAAUUGCAAGGAAGAUUGAACAUGUUAUAUCAACAAAAUGACUUGAAGAGAGAAAUCUUAAUUCAAGAGUACGAGCAAGAUCAAGAGGACGAAGAAAGCGAUGUUGAAUACAACGAAGACAUAGAUGAUGCUGAGGCUAUGGGUAUCAUCGAAGAAGAUGAAUCCGACCAAGAUAUUGACAUGGAUGGACAUGACGAUUUUGAAGAAGAAAGCGACUUCGAGGAAGAGGAGGACGAAGAUUUGCAAGCUGCCAUUGAUUUGGACGGCCCUGAAGAAGAGGAGGAAGAGUAA